UUCAUACCACACCACACACCCCAUUCUUCUCUCUCUCCUCUCACUCAUAUACUCACACAGAGAUCCAAAAUUCCUAGAAACCAAAAAAAAAAAAGAAGAGAGAGAGAACUCAUUUUUCUCUUUGCCUCUCUCAACCCACCACCACCACCACCAACAUAAUCCUCCAUAGCUGCAUUAUCUCCGGAUCUCAAAGGUCGAAACUUUUUCAAAACCCCACUUGAAAAACUAAAGCAAAGAAAAAAGGAGGAAAGACUAAAGAAGGAAGCAGCAUUCAGAUGCCUCAUGUGAGAUGAGGAAGAAAGAAGCCAUAACCAUUCACCAUUUCCACCUCAUUGCCUUGUUUCUGGGCUCACUCACACUCACCCUCUCUUCCUCCGCCGCCGCAACAAGCACCACAAAGCACGAGUUCAAUGGAGCACUCACGGAGGCAGAAACCAUGUACAUCAAGCAGAGGCAGCUUCUCUACUACAGAGACGAGUACGGAGACAGAGGAGAAGAUGUUACAGUGGACCCUACCUUGGUCUUUGAGAACAACCGCAUCAGAAACGCAUACAUAGCCUUACAAGCAUGGAAGCAAGCUAUUCUCUCUGAUCCUCUGAAUCUCACCGCUAAUUGGGUAGGUCCUAAUGUCUGCGACUACACUGGAGUCUUCUGUGCACCUGCACCUGAUGACAACAGGACCCGCACCGUUGCCGGCAUUGACCUCAACCAUGGCGACAUUGCUGGUUACCUGCCUGAGGAGCUUGGCUUGCUCACAGAUCUUGCUCUCUUCCACAUUAACACAAACAGGUUCUGUGGCACACUUCCCCACAAGUUCGACCGUCUCAAGAUCCUCUUUGAGUUAGAUCUCAGCAACAACCGGUUUGCCGGUAAGUUCCCGGCGGUAGUUCUGCGAUUGCCCAAGCUUAAAUUUCUAGAUCUGAGGUUCAACGAAUUUGAAGGCACAGUGCCUUCACAGCUCUUUGAUAAAGAUCUGGAUGCCAUUUUCAUAAAUCAUAAUCGUUUUGUCUUCGAUUUGCCGGAUAAUUUCGGUAAUUCGCCUGUGUCGGUAAUAGUUUUGGCGAACAACAAGUUCCACGGCUGUGUGCCUUCAAGCAUCGGGAACAUGUCAAGGCUGAACGAGAUUAUUCUGAUGAAUAACGGUUUCCGUUCUUGUUUUCCGGCAGAAGUAGGGUUGUUGAAGAAUCUAACUGUGUUUGAUGUGAGCUUUAAUCAGCUGGUGGGGCCUUUGCCAGACGCAAUUGGUGGAGCGGUGAGCUUGGAGCAACUUAAUGUGGCACACAACUUGCUCUCUGGUGUAAUUCCGGCCAGUAUUUGUUCUCUGCCAAAUUUGGAGAACUUUACAUAUUCUUAUAAUUUCUUCAUGGGUGAGCCACCAACGUGUUUGGCUCUGCCGGCUUUUGAUGAUAGGAAGAACUGCUUGCCUGCUAGGCCACUGCAGCGCUCUGCCGCCCAAUGCAGGGCCACGCCUUCAGUGAAUUGCGGCUCUUUCAGGUGUAAGCCUUUUGUUCCGUCAAUUCCUUCUCCGCCUCUUGCUCUUCCUCCUCCGGUAUUAUCGCCUCCACCUCCCCCGCCGUCACCACCUCCACCAGUGUAUUCUCCACCGCCCCCAUCGCCGCCUCCACCAGUGUACUCUCCACCUCCGCCACCACCGUCUCCCCCGCCUCCUCCGCCGCCACCUCCUCCACCAGUUUACUCUCCACCGCCCCCGCCACCCUCACCACCUCCACCGUCCCCUCCACCGCCUUCACCGCCUCCACCUGUGUAUUCUCCACCUCCACCGCCGCCUUCACCGCCGCCACCUUCCCCGCCUCCUCCGUCACCCCCACCACCUUCGCCAUCUCCGCCACCGCCGUCUCCUCCACCACCCUCACCUCCACCUCCGUCGCCGCCGCCACCAGUAGUGUACCCGCCUCCACCCUCACCACCACCUCCUUCACCACCGCCAAUUUACUGUGUACGACCACCGCCGCCUCCUCCUCCAUCUCCGCCACCACCCUCACCACCACCACCGCCAGUGUACUCUCCACCCCCACCUGUUUACUACUAUAACUCCCCACCACCACCUCAUUCGCCACCGCCACCACAUUCACCACCACCUCCACCACCUCACCACUCACCUCCGCCCCCACCUCAUUCACCACCACCACCCAUUUACCCUUACCUCUCACCACCGCCACCACCUCCUGUCCACUCACCUCCACCAGUCUAUUCACCACCACCACCAUCACCGCCCCCACCAUGUAUAGAGCCACCACCACCUCCUCCACUAUGUAUAGAACCACCCCCACCACCUCCUCCGCCUCCCCCUUCGCCACCACCAUGCGAAGAGCAUCCACCACCACAACCAUCACCACACCCUGCACCUUACCAUCCACCACCAUCGCCACAGCCUGCACCUUACCAUCCACCGCCAUCACCAUCACCGCCACCAGCACCUGUAUAUGAAGGGCCCUUGCCACCUGUUAUCGGAGUCUCGUAUGCAUCACCACCACCACCACCUUAUUAUUGAUUCUUUUGAGAACUUCCUCCUCUAACCCCACUUUCUCCCUCUACUCUCUCUCUACCAAACACCAUAAAAAAAGUUCACAUUUUUACUACUGGGGUGGAUGAUGUUAAUUUUCUUCUGUACCAAAAUUAUUGUUAUUAUUAUGCGAUUCUCGUCGCUUUUGGGGCUUCAAUAAUAAACCAAACAGAAGACAUGGGUUUGUUGUUUUUUCUUUUAAAUAUUUUUAUGUCGUUUAUGGGUCCAUAGAUAAACAUAGAACAAGAAGAAGAAUUCGAAGGAGGAUGAAGAAGAAGAAGAGGUUACGGUGGAAUUGAGGUAAGAGGAGAAAGUCUCUCCCAUAUUGAUCUGAAAUUGUUAUGGAUAUUCUGAGUUGUCAAAAAAAUAAUAAGAAAAAAAACACAAGAGAGUAAGUAGGUUGCAGUGAAAGAAAGAAAGGAAAAAAAAAUGUAUGUAUAGGGAUGGAUCAUGGAUGAAUUCGGAGAUCAUAAUUCUCGGCUUCAAUGGCAGUGGUUACUUGUUGAUGCUACUGCCCUUGUUUCUGGAGUUUAUUGUCAUUGUCAUUGUCUCUUUCAUAUCAUACUCUUUUUUUUUUUAAUUUUAUUUUUUCUUGAUUUUUUUUCUUUGUUUCUUUUGAUUUGCAAUUUAUAGUAUAAUUUAUGAACAUUUCAUCACCUUGUAUUGAUUUUCAGAAUUGAGCCUUAAUUUCUUUCUCUUAUA